AUGUCGAAUAUCAAACGCCCAGACAACUUCACCACGGUUGUCGCUGAUUAUAGACUGUCUGAGUUUGGAUAUCAUCUCUGUACACGCAAUGAGACCAGGCUCCUGAGCUACACUGUGCCGUAUACAGUGGCUUAUACUGUUACGAGACCGUGCGGUGGAUGGCUUUUCUGGAAAACAUGUAGCGUUACAAAAUACCGAAUGAUUCAAAACAUAGAGUAUAAAUCGGUCACAGAGCUUGUGACCAGGUGUUGCCAUGGUUACGUACAAGUCGGCCAUUACUGUGCACCGACGGAGAACAGGAGUAAGGAGACCGUUGUCAAACCAGGAUCUUGUCCAACAACAACUGUGCUUCAUGGCAGUGACUGUGAAUUGGAUAUAGAUUGUCCAGACUGGCAAAAGUGCUGCCAGUUUUGCACUGAUCCUACAAGUUAUUCUGAACAAGGAGGGUCACAGUUCAAUGCAACAGUGACAGUAAAAGUAGACUAUAAUGAUUUGAUGUCCAGAGAAGGAAGACUCUACAAUCACACCAGGCUGUUAUAUGCUAUGGUAACUGGGGUCUUGGAGUCAAAUGCCUCCAUCUAUUACCUCAGCUCCCAGCCUGUGAAUCCUUACAGAACUGCCACCUCUCUCAUGAUCCACUGCCAGUUCAGCCCUUCCCUGAAUAACGUCACAACAAUGCUGUACCAUCUCAUCAAACACAUCUACGAGGUGUCUUCAGUAACUGUACAAGAUAUUGAUGAAUGUGGGCAGUCUUUCCUCCGCGGUUGCUCACCAUAUGCUGACUGUGUGAACACUGUUGGCUCUUACUACUGCAUCUGUCGCCCUGGAUACGCUGAUGUGGACCCUACCAACCCGGGAGCUAACUGCACAGCCGCCCCCUCCAUCACCAACAUGCGAGUCGCCAAUGUCACCAGUACAUCAUUUUGUGUCUACUGGUCCAGCCAAUUCCCAGGAAACGAGAGCUACAGUGUAGUUAUAAGUAAAGGGUCAAAGGUAAUUUAUUUUAAUGAUACAAGUGAAACAAUGCUGGAGAUGAGAGGACUGCAGGCUGGAGCACUCUACGACGUCAUCGUUACACCUCAUGCGUGUGGGAGGCAUGGAAACAGCACACAACUGACUGUUAAAACAAAUAUUCAGACUUUGGAUGCCACGGCUCGUCUCACUAAUGUUGAAUACACCAGUGACUUACAAAAUACCUCCAGCGCUGCCUACACAAACCUCACUGCCAGCAUCUACAUGGAGAUUUAUCAGUCCCUGUCCCCCGAGAUGAAGGCCUUGGUUGACUCAGGCCAAGUGAGAAUUGAAAUCACAGGUUUUGCCCCGGGCAGCGUGGUCGUCAACUUCACCCUCGUCUUCACCCUGACUCAAAGUGCAGACAUCAGCAACGUAUCAGCCGCAGUGAUAACCUCCCUGAUGAACAGCUCUAAAUAUCAAGUGGACACAAAUAACACACACAUCAUGGACCAUGAUGAAUGUGCUUUAAGAGAGAAUGAUUGCUCCCCAUUUGCUACAUGCAAUAACACCUGGGGGUCUUACACCUGUACUUGCUUGGAGGGGUUUGUGGAUAUCAACCCAAAACGGCCCGGUCGGUCAUGUCAAGCAGCCACUAAUGCUUCUGUGACAACCAUCUUUGUUGCCAUGACAUCCACUACUGCUGCUCCAACAACCUCCACUAUUACUCCAACUACCUCCACUGCUGCCCCGACAACUACUAUUACUUCCAUGAUAACCACCACUGCUGCCUCCAUAACCACUUCUACUCCCCUUACAACUACUACUGUUUCCCCAAGUACUACCACUGUUACCACAACAACCACCAUUGCCAUGCCAACCAACACCACAUCACCACCAACUUCUGCUGCAGUGUCCAGGAGUCCACUAACACCCACAGUUUCCACAACUACUACAACCACUACUUCAGUCAGUUCUACAACCACAGGCUCUACAACCAACACAUCUACGAUCUCUGCAUCCGAGUCCAUCACAGUGAAGUGCAAUAUGGCCUCCAUUACGGUUACUGUUGCCAAGGACUUCCUCCAGAGCAGUCACAUCACAGAGGGUGCACUUUACCUGGGCAUGGCGGACUGUGGGGUAAACGGGGGAAAUUCCACACACGCCCAGCUGACAGUGGCCUGGGACGAGUGCAAUACUGUUCUGAUGCACAAUGACAGCUACUACACUGCCUUUGUGACCCUGUUUAACACCGUAAACACCAAUGAGGGGUCUAAGACACGGCUGCAGAUACCUGUCAUAUGCACAUACAUGAAGAGCGUGCUCAUUACGUCAGACUUCGGUUCAGUGGGGUAUGACAUGAUCAAAGACGUGAUCUCGGGCUCAGGAAUUUUCCAGGUGACAGUGCAGCUGAUGAACGGCUCUGUGCCCCUGCCCCAUAACUACAGCCUGUCCCCCAGCGAGGCUGUGGUCCUGAUGGUCAGCCUCAACACAUCUGUGGACAAAAUCAAAGUGGUCAUCAACAAAUGCUGGGCCACCCCCACCCCAAUCCCUACAGUAGUGUCCAGCUACGUCUUCAUGGAUAACAGGUGUUCUGUGAAUCCUUACACCACUGUCAUAACUAACGGGAAUUCCAGCACAUCCAGCUUGUCCGUGAAGAUUUUCUCCUUCGUAGACCUCAGCAUCAUCUAUCUGCACUGCCAGGUGGAAAUAUGUGUGGAAAUUGGUCUGGACUCCUGCGCUCCUGACUGCUUGCAAAGAACGUCCCGCUUGAGCUCUGCAAACACAGUUGGAAGAGUUUUGGGGAGUUCUGGACCUCUGCUCAGACUGGAUGAAGAUACCUCUGAAGAGGAAUUUGACAAAGUCUCAGUAAUUGGACUGUCCUGUCUUGGCGUGGGGCUGGCAAUCUUCUUCAUCAUUGGUUUUGUCUGUCUUUUCUAUUACCAAAGGAAUCGCAUUGGACAUUACAACUUCAACAACAAACCCAGAGAGGACAAUUUCACUUUUACUUCAAUAUCUUGAAGCAAAAUUUGAAAUAACAAAUAUUUGCAGUACUUGCACAUCAACUUGCUCAGCUUUUGCACUGCUACAAUGCACCUCAGGGGGGCACUCUUCACUUUAUCAUUUAGAGCAUA